CUUCUUUCUUCUCUAUCUCGUUCGUAAACUGAAAAGUGUGUGUUUGUGUAAUUGUUAGAAUAUUAAGGCGUAAAAGCAGUUAUUUCAAACGUUUAUACACAAGCAUCCGGGUUCUAGGCCUGCUUCUACUUUUGCCUGUUUCGACUUGUUAAUAUUGAGUAAUGGUGCGUAACUGUUGAUGAAGAUUCCGCUGUAAGAAUUGUUAUUCGAGAGACAAACACUCAAUAAGAUGGAAAAACAAAGCAAAGGAAGGAGCCGGCCUAUGCCGGAUGCUGGAAACAUCAAAGACAUCACUUUGAAGCUACAAAAAGCACUCCAGAGCGAGAACCAGUUCGUUUGGAACAAUUCAGACCGAAAGUCUUGGGAAGUUACGAUGUCUGCCAGGGAUGGUGCUGUCCAUGUAAUGAGAUUCCUAAAGAUGUGGUUCGAUCUUCCACAAGCUGUCUUUUUCACAGCUGUCAACUACCUGGACAUGUUUUUGGCGCGCAUGAAGGUCCAAGAAAAAUUUCUUUCGUGUUUGUCAGUUAGUUGUUUUAACAUCGCCGUCCUGGAUCAUGGACGCGAGAUAGAUACUAGUCAGUUGGUGGCCUUAGCUCAGAGUAAAGGUUCCGUCAAGGAUAUGGAACGUAUGAGUACAAUAAUCACGCAAAAAUUAAAUUUGGGGAAAAAAAACUUCUGCAACGCUUUGGAUCUGUUGCAAAUUUAUAUGAACAUCUUUCGAUAUAUUGCUGUGCAAUUCAGAAUUGAAAGCCUCCUCAACAGGAUGUUGCAGUGGCAACAAUUAUGCACAAGGUUUGAGGUACUGAUCUGUGAUUCUUCGUGUGCUUGUUUCAAGCCAUCACUUAUUGCCUUGGCUUUUAUCCACCAUGAAAUGGAACGUUUCUUGUCACGAGAAAUACCAAGAAAGUCCAACUAUUACACUAUGGAGAUGUUUUAUAUAUUAGCGGUGAUGAUUGAACUGCGCUCUUUAUGCAACAUUAAUUCAAGUGAUUAUACUUCUUGUUUUGAAGCCAUCACCAAAGCUCUGAAAGAGUAUGAUGGAAAGAAAAAACUAAACCACUGCCAGAAGCUAACCUGGCGGUUUUCACUCUCAACACAUGCCUUGUCGGAGUACACUCUUCGUUUUCCCAUGCUCAAUACAAUUAAAGAAGAGUAAAAAAAGCAAAAAAAGUCAAUAUAUAUAUAGUUUGUAUAAUCAAAAUUAAUUCUGUUACACGUUCUGUAUUUUUAAGAGACGUUGUCAGAAGAGACUACUAUUUUUGUCCAAAUUUGUGAACAAAGUUACGUUAUGUAUUUUAUUUGACCUAUGUUAAGUGUUUUGAUGUCUAAAAACGUCAGAAGUGUUGCAUUCUGACAAAAAAAAGUUAAAAAUGCUAGUUUACAUGUACUUCGCCUCAGUUGUUACUGUCACAAGUGAAGUACAUUGAAACUCAAAAAUACCAUUUUAUACAAAAAAGUGAGGUUAUUUUUUUGUUGAUGGUUUAAAAAGUGCGUAGAAGUAUUAAAAUCCCAGGAAAAAUUUUGUAAACUAGUCUUAUGUUACCAUUUCUGUCAGACAGUUAAUUUUGAAACUUGUAACAUUCUCAAUAAAACCAAGAAAGAUCA